AUGGCCGACUGCUCUGCACUCUGUAUUGUCAUCAUCACCUUGUUCAUACCACCCCUCGGGGUCUUCCUCAUCUCUGGCUGCAGCGCUGACUUGCUAAUAAAUAUCCUCCUCACUAUCCUUGGAUACUUCCCCGGCCACAUUCACGCUUUCUACUUAGAAUACGUCUACUACCAUCGCCGCGGCCUCGCUGCUGGCGGCACCACGUUCACGACGCCGGCGACGGGCGUUUAUUCGGAGCGUAUCCAGUCGGGUGGUCGUCAUCAGCAACAGCAGACACAGUAUGGGACUAUACAGACCUAA